AUGGCUUGCUUUGACAGCUGCCAGUGCCUCGGCGAAAGGGGACAAAGAAGCAUCCUUUACAGCAUUUUGAAAAACGACAACCAACCGAAUCAGCAUUCACAGGGGCGGACGAGGUUGGCGGUCCCUCAACAGCAGGCUUGUUCGUGUGGCUCUAAGAAGAAAGUGGUUCUCCGUUCUCCCCAGACAACGUGUAAAGCAGCGUCGGCAUCGCUUUUAAAAACGCUGAAGUUUGUUAAAAAUGUACUUUGUUUUCGGGAACUUCCAGCGGAGGACCAGUUACAGCUCGUGCGCAACAGCUGGGCCCAGCUGCUGGUUUUGGGCAUGGCGCAGGACUUGAUCGACUUCGAGACCAUGGAGACGCCAGAUUUCAGUAUGUUACAGAACAUACUAACCAGCGGACAAGGAAGACAGGAGACCGCGCACGGGCGCAGUGGCCAAGGCGUUUCUCUCACUGAUGUCCAAGGAAUAAAAAUGUUUUUGAAUAAAUGUUGGGGACUGGACAUCAGCACCAAAGAAUAUGCAUAUUUAAAGGGAGCCAUUCUCUUCAAUCCAGACAUUGCAGAGCUCCGGUGUCAAAGCUACAUUCAGGCACUGCAGAGCGAAGCGCAUCAAGCACUUAAUGAAUAUGUGAAAGUCACUCACCGAAGAGACUCUACAAGGUUCACUAAACUAUUCAUCGCGCUCUCCAUGCUACGGUCCAUCAAUGCAAACGUUGUUGCUGGACUUUUCUUCAAACCUGUCAUCGGCACGGUCAGCAUGAAUGAACUUCUCCUCGAGAUGUUUUACGGAAAAUAG